GCAGGAGGGGCGCGGAGCCGCGCCAGCUCCAUGCCGCAGGAUGCGCUGAGCGGGGGGUGGGAGCUGCCGCCGCCGCCGCCCGGGAGCAUCGCAGCGCGGCCGCACGCGGGGCCGGGAUGGAGGCGGUGAGACGCUGCCGGCCCCAGGCUGCCCGCUCCGCCCGCCGCCGCCGCCGCAGCGCCCGAGCCGCCGCGCUCCCGUCGGGAGCCAUGUAACCGCCCGGCUGCUCGCGGAUCGCCCCGGCCCCCGGCCCGCUGCCGAGAUGAAGAAGCAAUUCAACCGCAUGCGGCAGCUCGCCAACCAGACCGUGGGCAGAGCUGAAAAAACAGAAGUCCUGAGUGAAGAUCUCUUGCAGGUGGAGAAGCGGUUGGAGCUGGUGAAGCAGGUCUCCCACAGCACUCACAAGAAACUGACAGCCUGUCUGCAGGGGCAGCAAGGCGUGGAUGCCGACAAGCGCUCAAAAAAGUUACCUUUGACGACGCUAGCCCAGUGCUUAAUGGAAGGCUCCGCCAUUUUAGGGGACGACUCUCUACUGGGGAAGAUGCUCAAACUAUGCGGCGAGGCGGAGGAUAAACUAGCCCAGGAGCUCAUCCAUUUCGAGCUGGAAGUAGAACGGGACGUGAUCGACCCUCUGUUUGUGCUAGCCGAGGUGGAAAUCCCAAAUAUCCAAAAACAGAGGAAGCAUUUAGCAAAAUUAGUCCUGGACAUGGAUUCCUCACGGACAAGGUGGCAGCAGUCGGCGAAGUCAUCAGGUUUGUCGAGCAACCUGCAGCCGUCAGGUGCCAAAGCGGACGCUCUCAGGGAAGAGAUGGAGGAGGCGGCGAACAGAGUGGAGAUUUGCAGGACCAACAAGGGCCACACACAGGGCACCACUGACCAUCCUAAGAUUGCCAAUUGGAGAGGCUCAGAUGCUGAGCUGUUGAAGGACCAGCUCUCGGCUGACAUGUACAAUUUCGUGGCCAAAGAAAUAGACUAUGCAAACUACUUUCAAACAUUAAUAGAAGUGCAAGCAGAAUACCAUAGGAAAUCAUUAGCACUUUUACAGAACGUGUUGCCUCAGAUAAAAGCACAGCAGGAAGCCUGGAUCGAGAAGCCUUCCUUCGGGAAGCCGCUGGAGGAGCACCUGGCCGUCAGCGGGAGGGAGAUCGCCUUCCCGAUCGAGGCGUGUGUCACCAUGCUGCUGGAGUGCGGGAUGCAGGAGGAGGGUCUCUUCAGGGUGGCUCCUUCUGCAUCCAAGCUAAAGAAGCUCAAGGCGGCUCUCGACUGCUGCGUGGUGGAUGUGCAGGAAUAUUCAGCAGACCCCCAUGCCAUUGCAGGGGCGCUGAAGUCCUAUCUCCGAGAGCUUCCAGAGCCUCUCAUGACCUUUGAACUCUAUGACGAAUGGAUUCAAGCUUCCAAUAUCCAGGACCAAGACAAGAGGCUGCAGGCCUUGUGGAAUGCCUGCGAAAAACUGCCCAAAGCCAACUACAACAACAUCAGGUACCUGAUCAAAUUCCUAGCAAAGCUAACGGAAUACCAGGAUGCUAACAAAAUGACACCGAGCAACGUGGCGAUAGUGCUGGGCCCCAACCUCCUCUGGCCUCAAGCAGAAGGAAACAUCACAGAGAUGAUGACGACGGUGUCUCUGCAGAUCGUGGGGAUCAUCGAGCCCCUCAUCCAGCACGCCGACUGGUUCUUCCCUGGAGACAUUGAAUUCAAUUUGACUGGGAACUACGGCAGCCCCAUGCACGUCAACCACAAUGCCAACUACAGCUCCAUGCCCUCCCCUGACAUGGACCACUCGGACCGCAAGCAGCACGACCAGGCCCGGCGCCCCCUCAGCGUGGCCACGGACAACAUGAUGCUGGAGUUUUACAAAAAGGAUGGCCUUAGGAAAAUCCAAAGCAUGGGCGUCAGGGUGAUGGACACAUCUUGGGUGGCCCGCAGAGGCACCACCGUAGUUCGAAAAGCGUCCUCCACCCCGCCUGCCAUGCAGCCCCCCGCGCCGCCUUCCGAUCUCGCUGCUACUCCUCAGUCACCAAUUCCUGAGCAAUCUCUUGAUAUUUCAGCUUCUCCCUCCCCUACUCCAACUAGCUUCGGCUUCCAGCCAGGAGCCGAACGGACAAGCACGGAUGAUGUGUCGUCUAGUUGGUUGGACUCCUGUUACCACUACCCUUCCCCCGAGGACGACAGGCCCCCCCCUUACCCUUGCUAUCAGCACCUCCGCCAUUACCACCCCCAGGCUCGGCCCGAGGCCCCCUCACCACCCUAUCGGUGGUCAGGGCACAGCCAAACUCUGCCUCCCCGCUCCUCCUCCUCCUCCUCCUCUCCCAGCCCUCAGCCGCUUGACAUUAACUCGAACCCAAAGCCGUGUUUCCUUCACCUCCCCAAGCAGAGCUCCCUCACCGAAUCGCAUGCUCUCGAAACUAAUCUCUCCGCCCCCUCCAUCAAACCCCCACUUGUCUUAGCCAAACCAGACCCACCUGGCGCUCCCUACCCCUCCCUUAUGUCAGCCUCUCCCCCCUGGGUCGGCUGCGCCAGCGACAGAGGAGCCGGCCUGACUAGUACUUUAAAAACCAAGGAGCUGUCACCCGUGUCUGGGCAGAAAGGCAGCCCAAGCUCCGGUCACGUGGCCCCAUGUGGGAGCGUGCAGCAGGUGGCCAGUCCCACUCAGCAGCUGUCCACGGAGCAGAGCCCUCACACACUGCGCAAAGUUUCAAAGAAGCUGGCUCCAAUCACACCCAAGGUGCCCUACGGCCCGUCAGGCGGUAUGUCCGACCAGUCCACGGGACAGCCAUCCCCCGUCAGCCUGUCUCCCACCCCUCCGAGCACCCCUUCACCCUAUGGACUGAAUUACCCACACGGCUACUCACUGGCCUCAGGCCAGCUCUCCCCAGCUGCUGCUCCUUCCCUGUCUUCUCCUCCUUCCCUGACGAGCACUUUAACCAAGUCUCGACCCACCCCUAAGCCAAGGCAGAGGCCCACGCUGCCACCGCCACAGCCUCCCACAGCAAGCCUGACCGGCGCUAGCCCGCAGUCCAUGGAGCACACCCUGCUAGAUGACAUGUCCCCCGGGGAAAGCAUGUCCACAGAUCUCGUCCACUUUGAUGUCCCUUCUAUACACGUCGAGGUUGAUCCUGCACUCCACCAAGAUCCGCUGGAACAAACCCAGAGACAUUCCGUGGCAGGGAAAGUCGAUUCGGAAGAGGAAGAAUCGGAAAGCACCGCCCUAUGACAUAGCGUCCCCUUCCCCCAUUGACUCUCUUGUACAUACAUGUGAUCCCAUAACCACUGUGGUCCGGAGACCUUGCCAUGGCAGGGCUUGCUCUCAGUCGGGGCUCCAUUCACCAGCUACCAGUAUGAGCUGGCUGGAUGGACGUGUGUGACUUGCAGCAAACGGGGACAGCCUGUCUCCAUGGCAAAAUGCAUUUCUGGGGCAGUUUUGGUUAUUUAUUUCCAUCGGUUUGUUUCGCCUUAUCCAAACUUUGCCUUUUGACUUGGUGCCUAAGUAUCCCCCUUUCAAGCUUUCAGCCCUGUUCCAAAAAUAACCCCAACCCCCCUCCCUGCCCCCCAAACACACAUUCCCGAUUGCUCUUUGGCUUGGGGGAGGGGAGGCAGGGUGGUCACUGCAGUAACGGUGCCCAGUGGGUUCGGCUCGUUGGCUUCCACCAGUGUCCCUUUGCCUGGCAGCUGGUGAAAUCCUUGCCCGGUGGCCCAUUGCUUUUCCAGCUGCACUGCUGUGCUGUCAAUGCCCAUGCUGACUCUGUCCCCUGCAGGAAGGCUGCUAUGGGAGAGGUGUCCUCUUUAACCCUUAUAAGCCUGUUGUUUUCCAGACUGUCUGCCAAACUGACCGCUUUAGGGUGACACCUGAGAAGUGGUCUCCAGGAGAGUGUUUGCCCCGGUGGGAUCUGAACCAUGUCUCAUCAUUCCCAAAUACCUUCCCUUGUUUCUUUGUUGGCUUGACUCGUUGUUGGCCGGAAACGACUCCCUGUCUGAGCCGCAGCUGGGGAUUUGGCGAGGAACCAGGUGCGGCUGUUCCUCUUGGGACCACGGCAGGCAGUUGGGAGCAGCAUGGACACGCCUGCCAUUGGCAAGGGAGGCGUGGGCCCCGUUGGCGUGAACGGCGCCAGGCCAUGCUUUGAAUAGCAAUAAUGUGCUCAUGCUGUGUCCCCCUAACCGUGCUUUAGAAGGUGAGAUGUGGCCCGGGUGACCUUGCCUUUCCAGCUCACUGCUCACCAGCGCACCUCCCUCAUCUCCCCGCACCAUGUGUCACAUAUUCCUGCAUCAGUGUCUGCGAAGGGAGGGCGAAACUGACCACAGGGACAUGUUACCAGGGCCCUGAUUACAGUUUACUCAGCGCUGAGCCUUAGUUAACUCUUUUGUUUGGGUGGUGUGGAGCAGAGGUUUUGGUGGUGCAUGCAAAGACAACUUUAACCUUUUAUCCUUUUGAAAGAUAUAUAUAUAUAUAUCUGUCUGCAUAGAUAUAUAUAUAUUAUAUAUUUGUAUAUAUAAAAUAGAUCUAUAUAUAUUUGUUUUAUUUGAGCCAUUCCAUCUGAACUGGUGUACCAAUGUACAAUGUAAAUUGAAAUGCUUAGCGUCCCCGGAUCCAGUAUAAAUGUAUAAAGAAAUAUUCUCUCACAGCCGUAUUUGCAAGUUAGGAUGUUACAGCUUUUUGCACAGGUCAUAAGUGCAACUCAUCACCCAGACUGUAAUGGGGACACGGCGGGGAGGGAGGGGCAGGGGUGUAGUGCAA